CGGGACCUAACACGGGCAACAAAGCUAACAGAAGUUAGCUACAUUCGCUCCUGUCCCUGUUUUGUAACGGGAGCUGUUAGCGGCUACAGGAAGAGCUCGGCUAAGAUAAUGUUGACUGCGUUGGUUUGUGGAGCUGUGGUGUUUCCAGGGCUUUUCUACAGCUUCAGGAAAGUACUGAAAUACACUUUUACACACUGGAGUGACGCAGACGUGGUUUCUGUCAGUGAGAGGCUGGUGUCCGCUAUCCAUGCUUCUUUGGCUACUGCAGCUGGAGUCACAGUUGUGACUUCCUGCAGGGACGUCAUGACUGACAGCCACUGGCUGGUCAAUUGGUUUGUUUUGUUCGGAGCUCCCUAUAUGGCCAACGACAUCUAUGCCAUGUAUCUGAGCCGCUACCAUACUCAGGAGGCCAGAGGUAAUUCCAGUUUAUACACCGGCCACUCUCUUCAGACAGUGAAGGCUCUCCUCCUGAAGGACAGGAUGUUGGUCCUCCAUCACCUGGUGCUGCUUUUCAUUUUCCUGCCUAUCACUCUGUUCUUCAGAAGGGGACUGGGUGAUUUCUUCAUCGGCUGCUUGUUCAUCACAGAGUUCAGCACUCCUUUCGUCUCAAUAGGAAAGAUUCUCAUCCAGCUGGGCCUUGAUGACACCAGACUGCACAGAAUCAAUGGCAUCAUUGUCCUCUUGAGUUUCUUUACGUGUCGGAUCUUGGUCUUUCCCUUCAUGUACUGGAUGUACGGCCAGCAGUUUGGGAUUCCCCUGCACAGAGUUGCCUUCCAUCUGCCUCUGCACUGCAACGUGGGUAACCUGGUGAUCCUGGCUCCACAGAUCUACUGGUUUAAUCUGCUGCUGAGGAAAGCUAACAGACUCUACCUGCGACAGAAGGGAGGGAAUGGAGACAGAAACAAAGACAGGCCAAAGACAGACUGAAGAUUUCACCGGUUUAUAAAAUGACCUAGUUUUACUGAAACUUUUAACCUUCAUUUCUGGACAUUUUAUGACUCUCAAAAUACUUCUUCAAAAUAUAGUGAUUUUUUUUUUUCCUGCGGCCCUAACCCUAAUAUAUCAACAUACCGAGAAGUUUGUCAGCUGUAACUAUGUGAAAACAGAACAUUCCUAAAGGAUGUGUUACAGCACUGUUACUACUCUUUACUAUUUGCAAAGAAGAUUUUAGCAAAAACCUUUUUUUCAACAAUCUUUUUACAUGACCAAAUUAUGUAUCGAUUGUGCUCUUGAAGAGUAGGCAGUGCUUAUGUUUGUAUGUCCCAAAAAUCACAAGGUGCCCCAGGUUUACAGUAGAUACAUUUGUACUGAAAUUAAAAACAUACUAUCUGAGCCCAACCAUCCUGUUCAAGAGCCUCUAACGGUUCACUUUCAGAGCAGAUAUGUGAAUAUUACUGAGGAAGCACAAACAUACAUUUGCUGUGAAAUAUU